CACGUCAUAUUACUGGAACCGGUUUUCCGUCAGCUGCAGGGCGCUUCCUUUGAUGAACUUCGGGGUUAUUCGUGGCACCUAUCAAUAGGGUCUCGGUGUCAGACGGCUCCUCUGGUCAGUAUGUGCUGUACGCCCAUUAAAUGCACGCUUUUCCCUACAUGCUACUUCCCCUGCUAGUGCCUCCCUCGAUCUUGUAAGUCAGACUUGAAUUUUGAACCUCUUCACUCGAACAGCUUCUGCUAGCAGAGUUUUGGUCAUACAAGCCAUAUUAGUAUGUACCCCUCAAUUUCGGCGUCCCAGUGGGGUUCUCCCACUGCUCCCAGGAAAGCUCUGCUUAUUCAUGGGCUGACUGCAUGGUCAGGUUCAUGGGAGGGCCUCGCUCAGCUAUUAGUAUCAGAAGGGUUCUUUGUCGUGGCGCCGAACCUCCUCGGGCAUGCAUGGAGACGAGGGACCGACUACCGUAUGUCCACCCUUGCAGAGGAUCUCCGACCAUACUUCGUCAAAGACACAUCCUACGACGUGAUUGUAGGUCACUCUCUCGGAGGCCCAGUGGCCUUGUCGCUCUUGCAAUUCUUGCCAAAAACAAAAGAAACGGCUGUCAUACUCCUCGAUCCCCCUCUCGAGAUUGAGGGGACAAGCGAAAUGCAUAAAAAUUGGUUUCUGAACGAGGUUACGAAUGUCAGAUCCACCGAGGAGGUGGCUGAUGAUCGUGGUUGGUCACGACGUGACUGCGUGUUACGUGUAUUAGGACUUUCAAUGUGCGAUCGUACCACUGUCGAGGGAAUCUUCUCGCAUAACAGCCCAUGGUCUUUCAGUGGCCUGCUCAGAAACAUCCCCCCUCAUGUGAAGAUCUCCGUGCUGGUAUCAGAUCCGGAGGCUGGCGCCGUUUGUGAUCCGGAGCACAUCCCUAGUAACGUUGAGAGACUGAGUGUCAGAGUUCUUCCUGGCAUUGGCCACUGCAUUCACUACGAGAAUCCAGAUGCUAUCGUGGACUUAAUUCAACUACCGAGAGCGAAGCUUUGAGAAGUGCGAAGGAGAGCGUGUUUCGUGGUUUGAUUUUGAUGGGUCAAUUCUGUGUCUAGGACUUUCUGUUGGAACCUAGCCUCUGCUCGUGUAUAAGGUAUCGCGAAGCAUACAGUAGUCCAACUAUGCCAAAAUAUCAGUCUUAUGCUUGAAAGAAAGAUACAAUGUUCCCUUCAGCUCAACUUCAUCGAGUCUAUGGGUCCACGUCAAGCGGUACCACCUCGGAACACUUCCGACUCGAUAGCAUUGUCUGACUAUAGAAUUGAUCUCACUCACCAUUAUAACCAUGCGAUGGCUGGUAUAACAUCACUGCCGCAGACCUUCAAUCGACAAUUCCCUG